GACGAUGGAAUGUACCACAGAGAGAGGAAAGAUUUACAUUUCCCGUACGGUUACAUUAUCCUCGGCCAUCCUCUUCCUCCAUCCCUCCGAUCCCAGAGAAAUCGUUCUCUCCAAUUUAUCGUCGAUCUCUGGGUCUGGGAUUAUCACCUUAACUGCCUCGUAAAUUAUAAAUAAAAUCAUAAAUAUUUGUAAAAAUAAAGAAAAAGGGAGAGAGAUAGAGAUAGAGAGAGAGAGGCGUGUGGCUGUUUGAACGAAAAUGGGGGCGAUAUCGAGGGGAGUCAUGCCUGUGUGCGGGAGCUUAUGCUUCUUUUGCCCUUCCUUGAGCACCAGAUCCAGGCAUCCCGUGAAGCGUUACAAGAAAUUACUCGCCGAUAUAUUUCCUCGAUCGCCGGAUGAACAACCGAAUGAACGAAUGAUCAGUAAACUAUGUGAAUAUGCUUCCAAGAAUCCUCUUCGUAUUCCAAAGAUAACGAGUUCGUUGGAGCAGAGAGUUUACAGGGAUUUGCGGAGUGAGCAAUUUCACUCUGUAAAAACGAUUGUGCAUGUCUACAAGAAGUUGAUGAUCUCUUGUAGGGAGCAAAUGCCAUUGUUUGCAAGUAGCUUCCUUAGCAUUAUACAAAUCCUGCUAGAUCAAACAAGAAUGGAUGAUACACGUGUAUUGGGAUGCCAAGCUCUUUUUGUUUUUGUGAAUAAUCAGAGGGAUGGUACUUAUAUGUUCAACUUAGAUGGAUUGAUUCCAAAACUUUGUCUUUUAGCUCAAGAAAUGGGGGAGGACAGGAGGGUGCAAUGUUUGCGUUCUGCUGGUCUUCAAACUCUUUCAUCAGUGGUUUGGUUCAUGGGGGAGUUCUCUCAUGUCUCAGUUGAAUUUGAUAAUGUUGUUUCAGUGGUCUUGGAAAAUUACAGAGACUCAGAAAUAUCAGAUGCUGUUAUUCAUGACAAGCAAGAUAUACAGAAUAGCUCUGUUAAAGACAAUUUCUCUUCCAGAGAUGCCAUGACAACGGUUUCUUGGAGGAGUAUUGUGAGUGAGAAUGGAGAAAUUCAUGUGUCUGCGGAGGAAGCUGAGAAUCCCAAAUUUUGGUCAAGAGUUUGCCUGCAUAACAUGGCCAAGUUAGCCAAGGAAGUUACAACUGUCCGACGUGUCUUGGAAUCUUUGUUUAGAUUUUUUGAUAACGAGGAAAUGUGGUCUACCCAGCAUGGCGUAGCUCUUUCUGUCUUGCAGGACAUGCAGUUAACAAUAGAGGAAUGCGGGGAAAACACACACUUUUUGUUGUCCAUCUUAGUAAAGCAUCUUGACCACAAGAAUGUUCUGAAGAAACCCAGUAUGCAGCUAGAUAUUGUGGAUGUUGCCACUUCCCUUGCUCGACAAACAAAGGUUCAGCCAUCUGUGGCUAUAAUUGGUGCAUUAACAGAUAUGACAAGACACCUGCGGAAAAGCAUACACUGCUCACUUGACGAUUCUAGUCUGGGAGAUGAGGUGAUUCAAUACAACCAAAAAUUUCGAACAGCAGUAGAUGAGUGCCUUGUUCAGUUAUCAAAUAAGGUUGGGGAUGCAGGUCCUGUCCUUGAUAUGAUGGCUGUGAUGUUGGAGAAUAUGCCAAACAUUACUCUUAUGGCCAGAACUUUGAUUUCUGCAGUUUAUCGUACUGCUCAAAUUAUGGCAUCAAUUCCAAAUUUGUCAUACCAAAACAAGGCUUUUCCGGAGGCAUUGUUUCAUCAAUUACUUCUAGCAAUGGUCUAUGCAGACCACGAAACAAGGGUUGGUGCUCACCGCAUAUUUUCUGUUGUUCUGGUUCCAUCAUCUGUCUGCCCUUGUCCUCUUGCUGCUACUCCUGUUUCAAAGAAGGCCAAUAAUUUGCAAAAGACACUCUCAAGAACUGUAUCUGUGUUUUCUUCUUCAGCAGCACUGUUUCAGAAGUUGGGUAGGGAAGAUAAAGAAAAAGUUGUAGAGAAUAAGGUUGGAAACAUCAACGGUGUUUCCAUGCAAGACAGGUUGAACUGUUCUAAAAGGCAACCGUCAUUUGUAAACGUAAAUGAAAUUGUUGGCAGUGACAGUGCAAAGAUGCAAAGCCCCUCCAUUCUGAACAGGUUGAAGUCCAGUUACAGCCGAGCUUAUAGUGUAAAAAUGAGUCCAUCAGCUAUAAUAGAAGAUGAACAAUCAAUGAGUAAUUCAGUUGAAGUUCCAGCUUUACCUCUUCGAUUAAGCAGUCAUCAGAUAACUCUUAUGCUGUCAUCUAUUUGGGCACAAUCCAUCUCUCCUUUAAACAUGCCUGAAAAUUUUGAAGCCAUUGCUCAUACCUACAGCCUGGUGUUGCUAUUUGCAAGGACCAAGAACUCCUCUAAUGAGGCUAUGAUUCGAAGCUUUCAGCUGGCCUUUUCCUUAAGAAGCAUAUCUCUGGGAGGAGGAGGGCCACUGCAGCCAUCACGUCGGAGGUCCCUCUUUAUCCUGGCUACUUCUAUGAUCAUCUUCUCAUCAAAAGCCUACAACAUCCCCCCACUUGUUCCUUGUGUUAAAGCCUCACUUACAGAAAAAACAGUUGACCCAUUUUUACAGUUGGUUGAUGAUUGCAAGUUACAGACUGCUAAAAUUGAACUACAGCAUCCAGGAAAAGUGUAUGGAUCAAAAGAAGACGAUGAAGAUGCUUUGAAGUCACUUUCAGAAAUAGAAAUAGCAGAGAACCAAUCUAAAGAAUCACUUGCAACCAUGAUAGUGAAGUUUCUUGGCAGUUUGUCUGAUCAAGAAUCAUCCAAAAUAAGAAACCAGUUGAUUAGUGGUUUCAUCCCUGAUGAUGGAUGUCCAUGUGGAACUCAUCUGUUCAUGGAGACACCUGAACAAAUAUAUGAAUCUGGAUCAAUAGAUAAUCAAUCUCCUGAAAAGGUUGAGCCUCCUUUAUUCAUGGCAGAUGAUGAUGUUUUGCCUAGUACAUUCGAAGGUCAAACUGGUCCUGACACAUGUUCGGCACUUGAACCUCAAAAUCUCUUGAGUGUUCAUGAACUUCUUGAUGCACUUUCAGAGACAACACAUCAAGUUGGAAGAUCCUCAUUCUCAACCCCCCCUGACAUGCCUUAUAGUGAAAUGGCUGGCCACUGUGAGGCCCUUCUGGUGGGAAAGCAGCAGAAGAUGUCUGCUGUAAUGAGUGCUCAACAGAAUCAAGAAAGUUUAGUGAGCAUUUCUGCAAAGGAGGUGCAGCCUCAUUCUCAUGUUGAAUCAGGGUCCUUGAAGAGUGGAAAUCCAUUCAUUGAUGAAGACUCUGCUGCUGUUUCUUUAAAUCUAUAUGCUGGCGCUACUCCGAUGCUUUGUGCAACCGAGUACCAACAUCCUCCCUGCUUUCAGCUUCCUGCAUCAUGUCCAUAUGACAUUUUUCUUAAGGCAGCUGGUUGCUGAUACAUAGAGAAGGAAUUGAAACUUAAGGUCUUUAUGCUUUCAGUCUUUGCCAUUUGACCAGCUAAUUUUGUGGUUUUGAUGGAAAACCAGAUUUAUAUUUGAUGCCUUCAUCUUGUCUAUUCCUUAAGUGCCCCUUCAUGUGUGUGGUACUUUUGGUUCUCUUCCAUUUUGUCAAGUUUCAUUGGUGCUUCAUUGCCGUUGUAGAGUUGCUUCCCUCCUUCCUUUUGGCAGACCCAGGUUUAUUUUGUAAAGUUUUUUAAUUUUAUGUAAAUUUUCAAUGCAGAAAAACUAAGAAAAAUAAAAU